AUGGAAUCUACAGACUGGGACCUUUUCAGAGCUGCCACAGAUAGCUUGGAUGAAUAUACGGACACUGUGACGUCAUACAUCCACUUCUGUGAGGAUAGCAUCAUUCCAACAAGGACCAGGGUCAUCUAUAACAACGACAAACCCUGGUUCACUGCUAAACUCCGGCAGCUCAGGAAAGCAAAGGAGUCUGCUUUCAGGGAGGGGGACCGCAGCGGCUACAAAGCAGCUAAAUAUCAGUUCAGGAAAGAACUGAAAGCAGCCAAGUCCCGGCACAGAGAACGACUACAGGAGCAGUUUGGUAACAACGAUACUGCUUCUGUCUGGAGGGGCCUACGGGAGAUCACCAACUACAAACCCAAAGCCCCCCCCUGUGCUGAUGACCACAAGCUAGCUGACGAUCUGAACUUAUUUUUCAGUCGCUUUGAUGCUGCCCCUGACACCUCUCCCUCCCCCACCCCCCACUACUCUAACGACCCACCCAUCAGCCCUGCCCCCAGCCUAACAAUAGCCGCUAAAGAGAUUAAACAACUCUUCCUGAGGCUGCACCCCCGCAAAGCUCCUGGCCCGGACCACGUGUCUCCGGCCACUCUGAGACACUGCCCCAGUGAGCUUACUCCUGUGUUCACGGACAUUUUCAACUCCUCUCUGCAGUCCUGCCAUGUCCCGGCCUGCUUCAAAUCCUCCAUCAUUGUCCCCGUCCCGAAGAAGCCCAGGAUCACAGGACUCAAUGACUACAGACCUGUAGCACUUACGUCUGUCGUCAUGAAGUCAUUUGAACGCCUGGUUCUCUCCCAUCUCAAGUCCCUCACCUCCCCCCUCCUGGACCCCCUGCAGUUCGCCUACAGAGCCAACAGAUCUGUAGACGACGCCAUUAACCUGGCCCUCCACCACAUCCUACAGCACCUGGACUCCCCGGGGACCUACGCCAGGGUCCUGUUCGUGGACUUCAGCUCUGCCUUCAACACAAUCCUGCCAUCCCUGCUCCAGGACAAGCUCUCCCAGCUCAACGUGCCCGAUUCCACCUGCAGGUGGAUCAUUGACUUCCUGACGGACAGGAAGCAGCGAGAGCCCCACAGGGCUGUGUUCUUUCUCCCCUGCUCUUCUCCCUGUACACCAACCACUGCACCUCCAGCCACGACUCCGUGA